UUGGUCGCCAACGUCAGAGUAGCGGGCGUUUCGUUCGGACAAUUUCCCCGUUACGACUUUCCUUCGUGGCGGCCUUCUCCUCGCCUCUAUUCCUACAUCGAGGCGUCACGUAUCGACGUUUCGACGUGUCGACACUGCUGGCCCGCUGUCCUGUCGCCGUCCAAACGUCUCUCCGGCCUAUCUCCGCUAUCCUUCUACCUAUCUGUCUAUCUAUAUAUCUAAAUUUUCCCCGGAAUUAGCGGAAAUAACGAACAACGAGGUGGUACAGUGCGCUGCAAGUGAAAUUAUACAGUGAUGGUGAUCACGGACAGUGAGCGUUGACGAUUGCUGUUUCUGCCAGAAGAAGAAGAGAAGAAGAAGAAGAAGAAGAGACGCACGUGCGCACGUGAGCAGACUCCCGAUCCGACUUUCUAUUAUUUUUCGUCGGAAUUUUUCUACUCGAACGUCGAAUUCCGUGUCAAAUUCGUUCUCGAUUCGAGCGAUAUAUUCGCAUUUUAUUUUUCUCGCGGUGUGUGCAAACUUCGAUCCGGUUGAGAUCCAGUCGAUCCGGAUAAUCGACUGGUCGAUGGAUAAAUCGUUUAAAAGAAUAUUUUCGUAAUUUCGUAUUUCGUUGUGUUAUGUGCGUUAUUCCAGCCAACUGUUAUUGGAACCUGCACUCGGAAGCGGAUCGGAAGAGUGGGACAAACAAACUCAAGAAGCUGAAAAAGGGAGAGAGAAGGAAGGAAGGAAGGGAGCAAAAUGAGGAUAACUUGCUUACUCUUUGGCCUCUCGUUGCUGUUGGCUUACGUGCACGCCAAUCCUAUCGUCAAGAGGGAAACGGAGCCCGUGGAGCUCAACCCAUUGAACGAGAUAUACGUGGUGGAGGCCGAGGAUGACCGAGGGGACGAGGAGAGGGCCGACAGGGACAAGAGGAAGAUCGCUGUGGCGAAGCUGGGUGUAUCCAACGGCAUAAUCAACUUCGUCUUCAACAAGCUGGAUUCUUUGAUCGACGCCAAGACGAAAGCUCUCACCGACCUGGACGAGACGAACAGAAUAAAGAACAAGGCUUACGGAAUCGACGUGAACAAGUCGGCAACCAGCAAGUUCAUCAGCGAGCUGGUGAACGCGAAAAUUCAAUCUGCGACAGGAAGUAUCGGGCCGGUGGUAAGCACGGCCCAAAACUUCUUCUCGAACACGAAGAGCGGCUUGACGAACGCGUUCGUCUCGAAAUUGGCCCCGCUCAGCUCCAUCGCCACUGGUUUGAGCUCUCCACCCUCCACUGGAGACAGCAAGGACAAUUUGGAUACCAAAACGUCGAACGCGAUCAGCUUUCUAGGAAACAUUUUGAACGCCCAGCUUGGCGUGUUGUCGAACUCGAAGGGUCUUUCUAGCGAUUCACCGUUUUCCGAAGGGAUCUCGACCACGACGGAGGAUAUCCCCGAAUUCGAUAGAACGAAGGUGAACUUGGACAUACCCCCAAUGGUGUUCGGUAGCGGUUUCACCACUAUCACCAAUAUCAGCAAAAUCCUGAGCAACGUGAUCACCAACUCAGCCCGUCGAACGCAAACGUUGCUCGAGGUGUUCAAACCGUUCUUCCGUGGAGUGUUCGCAAUCAAGGGCCUACCUUCGGAUAAUCCCCAUUAGAAGAUGCCGCUCAUUGGUGCUAGGAUCAAUUGCCAUUUCACGGAGAGGAUUUCCACGGAGAAUCCCGAGAGUUUCGACUGUGGCGAGAAGGGAGAUCCGUGCAAAUAGCCUGCGAACGAUAGUCUAGAUAGAAUACGAAUUUUAGGACAGAAUGCGACGAUCGUAAUCAGUCGUCGCGUAGUUAAAGGUGAUUGCUAGAAAGGGAUAUUAUCUUUUUAUAACGCAUCCCCUGUGCAAGAACCACGAAAUUUUCUCUUCGAGCGUGAAAAUAUUUAUGUUCCGUGAGAGUUAACUUAUCAAAUUUAAUGGAGAAAUAUGUCAAAAAUUUGCAUCGUUUAUAGAGGAAUUAUGGAAUAAUAAUCGCGCACAUUCGUGGUUCCGGCAUCAGCGGCGUGAAAUACAUAUAUUUAUAUGCGGCCUCUGCGCCGUUCAUGGGUGAUCAAACUUGUUGUUUCCUUUUGUACGUAAAUUCGUUGCCAUAAAUUGCGACACUGUUUGCCAGAACUGUAGCUCGCGUGUCGUAAAAUGUACGUACAACGAUGUAAUAUUUUACAUCGCGGUUAUUUAAGUGUAAAGUUCGCUCGGCGGUGAAAAUGUUGUAACGAACAUAUGCUGCUUGAUUUAUAAAACUUGUUAAUUGCGUCUUCGAUGAACGUGUAAAAUAAACGUAUCGAAUCGAUUAAAUUCUUUCUUACUUCCUACUGUAUGUAAAAUAUGUAAAAUACGAUGUAAAAUAAUGACGAUGCGAUUUCGAAUUCUCUUCGAUCGGAGAAAUCUUUUUUCUUUUUUUUUUUUUUGAUAAGAUGAAAUAAGCCCGUCGUUAAAAUUAAUCGUCUAAUAUCGAUAAAAUGUCCCUUCUGCGCGGAUGAAAAGAAACUUUGUCGCGGUAUCUUGAAUCGAGUUGCGCAAUCGUUUACGAAUCGAAUCGUAAUAGUAUAUUGCCGAUUCAUUCUGACUGUCAUCGAAUAAUUAACUAAUACUAUCGACUGGAAUGGUUCAAAUUUGGAAAUCGUACGAGGAAUUUAUAAAUACGUAAAUUUAUGAAUAUAUGUAUUUUAUCGUAAUUUUAAUCGUGAUUUUAAUCGUGAUUUCUAAAUGAUGAUAUUUUUGUUUAUUAUACGGUGACAUUUGACAUUUCUAUGAGUUACUUAAUGAAUUACUUAAUGCAUGAAUAAAUGAAAAUGUAAUAUCCUUUUGCUUAAUAGUCUUGAAGUAUCGGUCGUAAGUAAAAAAUAUAUCGUUAUAUCUUCGCAAGUAUUUUUGGAUAUUCGAUUUAAUUUAUUUAUAUUUUUCUUAAAUCGAGUUAUAUUCUCAUUGCAGACAUUCAAUUACAUCUUCACGUCGAUUAUUGAUUUGCACAUAUUGUAAUUGGCUGCAAUAAUGACGAAAAAUUGACGAGGCGAUAAUUACCAUCGAUUAAUCAUUCUUUCAGACUUCCGUAUCCGGUGAAAGUAUUUAUUCCAAGUUAUAGAAUAACAAUUUAUCCUAUCGAACGAGAAACGAGAGAAAAAUUAAAUAUAAAUGCGAUUCGAUCUGGCUUGCCAAGCGCUUGCCUCCGCGACGGCGCAGCUUCCGGUCUAACCACAAUUAUGCAACAAUGCUUGAUGCAAGUAUGCAAAAUAUAUUAAAUACGCGAGUCUUGUAUGUUUGAAAAAAAGAAAAUGUCUUUUCUUUAAGAUUUAUCCGAAUCCGCAAAAUAUGUCUACAAACUCUGAAAGGUAUUUGAAAAUAAAUGAAAAGAGAAUGAUGGUUGACUA